CAUUUAGGAAAUGCUCGAGUCUAGUUUGAAGGACCUGCUGACCAGUGAGUGCAGAGAAGCAGUGGAAUAACAACAUCUAGAGGGUGAUUUGAGGAGAAACAGAAGCAUUUUGGCUUCAUACCCUCUCUGGGCCUGGUUUCCAGAAAUCAUCAUACCUGCAGCAGAAGGAAAAUGGCUGAAUUGAAGUACAUUUCUGGAUUUGGGAAUGAGUGUGCCUCAGAGGACCCUCGCUGCCCAGGUGCCCUGCCAGAAGGACAGAAUAAUCCUCAAGUAUGCCCCUACAAUCUGUAUGCUGAGCAGCUCUCAGGAUCGGCUUUCACUUGUCCAAGGAGCACCAACAAGAGAAGCUGGCUUUAUAGGAUUCUACCUUCAGUUUCUCACAAGCCUUUUGAAUCCGUCGACCAAGGCCAUGUCACUCACAACUGGGAUGAAGUGGGUCCUGAUCCUAACCAGCUGCGAUGGAAACCAUUUGAGAUUCCAAAAGCCUCUCAGAAGAAAGUAGACUUCGUGAGUGGCCUGCACACCUUGUGUGGAGCUGGAGACAUCAGGUCUAACAAUGGGCUUGCUGUCCACAUUUUCCUCUGCAACACCUCCAUGGACCGAAGAUGCUUUUACAAUUCAGAUGGGGACUUCUUGAUUGUUCCCCAGAAAGGGAAACUUCUCAUUUACACCGAAUUUGGCAAGAUGCUCGUUCAGCCCAAGGAGAUCUGCGUCAUUCAGAGAGGAAUGCGGUUCAGCAUACAUGUCUUUGAGGAGACCAGGGGCUACAUCCUGGAGGUCUAUGGUAUCCACUUUGAGUUGCCUGACUUGGGACCAAUAGGAGCCAAUGGCUUGGCCAAUCCUCGUGAUUUCUUGAUACCUGUUGCCUGGUAUGAAGAUCUCCAAGUGCCAGGUGGUUUUACUGUGAUUAAUAAAUACCAGGGCAAGUUGUUUGCUGCCAAACAGGAUGUCUCCCCAUUCAAUGUUGUGGCCUGGCAUGGGAAUUACACCCCCUACAAGUACAACUUGGAAAACUUCAUGGUCAUCAACUCAGUGGCCUUUGACCAUGCGGACCCAUCCAUUUUCACAGUAUUGACUGCUAAGUCUGUCCGCCCUGGCGUGGCCAUCGCUGAUUUUGUCAUCUUCCCACCACGGUGGGGGGUUGCUGAAAAGACCUUCAGGCCUCCUUAUUACCACAGGAACUGCAUGAGUGAAUUCAUGGGACUCAUCAAAGGUCACUAUGAGGCAAAGCAAGGUGGGUUCCUGCCAGGGGGAGGCAGCUUGCACAGCCCAAUGACCCCCCACGGGCCUGAUGCCGACUGCUUUGAAAAGGCCAGCAAAGCCAGGCUGGUCCCUGAGCGGAUUGCUGAUGGCACCAUGGCAUUUAUGUUUGAGUCUUCUCUAAGUAUGGCUGUCACCAGGUGGGGGCUAAAGACCUCUAAUUGUUUGGAUGAAAACUACUACAAAUGCUGGGAACCUCUCAAGAGCCAUUUCACCCCCAAUUCCAGGAACGCUGCAGGACCUAAUUGAGACUGGAGCCUUGCUACCAUCAUUGAGGACGGAUUUGUGCCAUUUCCUUUAGAAUCUCACACCCUUUGGCAGUACUGGGGGAGGGAGUUGGUUAAAAUGAGAACUCACUUUUUCAGUCAAGUAGCUCAUUUAUAGAAAUGUAUUUGGAAAGCUGUCAGCGUAAUUACUCAAUAAAUACUUGCUGGUGUUCUGC